AUGGCACCUCCACUCAACUCUCAAGAUGAUCGUGCAGCGUUCGUUGACGCUUGCAUUAACAAGCGUAAGAAAGCGAUGCAUGCCUGGGAGUCACUUGGCUUGAUCAGUGAGAAGUUACACGAUGAGCAACACGGCUACUUCGUCAACAAGGAAAAGGCCGACAAGGCUAACGAACUGCAAAGAGUGGUUGAGGGAAUAGCAAAGUCGUUUGCUACGUCGUAUCGUGGCACCAUCGAAGAACUCCAUACUUACCUGGCUGAAGAGAAUGCCUUCUCGGAAGAUGUCCUCCGGCUCGGACAAGAAUUUGGAGUGAAGAUAUGGGGCCGUAUAGAAGACGGUGAAAUCCGCUCGUCAGGCGAAUCCCAAGGAAAUGGCAUCGAGGAGCAGGACUGGGACGACCCAAAAGACCGCCAGAAUCCAUCUCAAGAUAAUCAACAUGAAGACACCAUCGAAGAUCUCGCAGAAUCUGAUAGCCCUAGAAUCAUAGGCGUAUCUUUUAGAGCGCCAGAACCACCACGCAUGUAUCCAACACCGGAACCGCGCAGAGAUACGACAUUCGCCAGUGCCAACGAGAAGAUUACAAGCACUAGUUUCACCUCCGUGAACAAGACCACCACACCGAGUAAGAGGAAAGCGCAGUAUUCCCACGAACGAACACCUUCUGGGAAGCUCUCGAAGCCUUCAAAAGGCGGUCGAACAAUCCCUGUCCUCACUAACCAGUCACGAGAUCCCUACUCGAUCCCCAUGUCUCCUCCCACGUUCUCCCCCAUAUCCCCUCCUGCGGUUCCGAACCUGGGCCGCUCAUCGUUUCAAAGACGAAGAGAGACCACAUACGACUCAGACGCGACGUGGGCACCGCCUCGUGAAGAAACCGCAGACGCGGAAACGGUGGUCGAUGCGGAAGAUGUCCAUCCCGGAGAAGUCGAUUCAAGAAUCCAGAAUGAUAUCGCUACGUCCAACGCAGAUGAGAUGCAAUACGAGUACGAUAACGACAUCAACAACGCCGCCGGCCCAUCGGGCACCUACCGAAACCCCCUCAGACAGGAUUCCGUCAUACCAGAUACACAAACGCAAAACGAUGCAGUAGACUCUAUCAUCUACCCUCCAAGUGGCCAAAUCAUUGUAACCGACGAAGACACAUCAAGCGACGCAUAUACCGACGCCAUAAUCCGCUCUCUCAUCUCCAACCCCUCUCCCACGACGCGGCAAACGCGCAUAUACCGUCUCGAACUCUAUAGACUACUCGUCUCCUACCUGAACGAUAUCAAGAACUUCGAUCCCACUAACUACGACUCCGCUGCGGAAGAACGCAUGGAUUUUCUACUCAACCAAUUUCACUGCACCGAUGCUGAUGUCUGGCAUUCUGAUCAUAACGACAGCGCACUUCGCCUACAUCUCGCGUUCGAGAAGUGGAUGAGCAUGCGUCACCGUCUCGCCGCGUUUCGCAGCGUGACGGGAUAUUUUGGCCUGCCGGGGAGGCAGUGGAAGGAGUUUCUGAGGGGUCUGGAUGAUGUGCCGCAUGCGGAGGCUAUUUUGGCUUUUGUGGAUCUGAAGGACGCCGGGGAUGGGGAAGAGGGUGGGAGGGUGCUUGGUGAUGGGUUUGAUAAUGAUCUUAUGAUGAUGUUUGAUGGCUUAACGAAGUUUCAGGACUGUAAUGGGCCGGAGGCUUUCAAGGGCGUAAGGAAGUUUAAUGAGAGGUUGUUAGUGUGGUUCAGGGAUGAGUGA